UAAAAUUGCACAAUUUAGACGCGACGCCAAUUCUUAAAUUUUUUUUUUUUUCUGCUGCUCUCUAUUUUCUAUAUUUUCAUUAAUGUCAGCAGGAAAAAUUUACUCGGCCACAUACUCUGGUGUGCAAGUGUAUGAGACAAUGAUUCAUGGUAUCGCUACCAUGGUACGAGGCUCCGAUUCCUACUUGAAUGCUACCCAAAUAUUAAAAGUAGCCGGAUUCGAAAAAACCAGAAGGUCAAAAAUAUUAGAACGUGAAGUACUUACGGGUGAACAUGAAAAGGUACAAGGUGGUUAUGGCAAAUACCAAGGCACCUGGAUUCCAUUCGACAAAGGAAAAGAAUUAGCAGAGAAAUAUGAAGUACUUGAUAAAAUGAUGCCAUUGCUCACGUUUGAUCCCGAUUCCAUCAAGAGCCAUGAAGAAAUACCCACCAAGGAACAAGUUCAACUCGAAGCCAAACUUCUUGACAACCAAUCACCACCACCGCCACAUUCACCUCUUGACGAACCUUCCUCUGCCAUCCCUUCCCAAAAGCGACCAUUACUACAACCCACUACAUCACCUCAACAACAAGGUCGUAAAAAGAUGAAAUCUUCUGCACUAGACACAACGUCCGAAGAUUCUUUUGAUGAACACCACCGUAAUCUCCUCAUGAACAUCUUUUUAUCCGACAAUCCGGAUGACACACCCACUGCACUUGCCUCCACUUUACUCACCAACGAUAUCAAUAUCGACCUUGUGAUUGAUGAACAAGGUCACACAGCUUUACAUUGGGCUGCAGCCCUUGGCCGUACCAAAAUUGUCGACCUUUUAAUCUCUAACGGUGCGAAUGUCUGCAGCAUCAAUCUUGAAGGCGAAACGCCCUUAAUGCGAGCCGCCAUGAUCACCUGUUGUUACGAAAACAAGUGUUUUGCUCACAUGGUUGAAUUGAUGUCUGAUGCCAUUACAGUUUUUGAUCGCAAGGGAAGAACCAUAUUGCAUCAUAUUGCUUUGACUGCCGAUGUGGAUGGUUAUGCCGAUGCAGCUAUAUAUUACAUGAAACGAUUGUUCAAGACCGCACCCAAGAAAAUUGUGCUAAAAAAUAUGUUGAACAUUCAAGACAGGUUUUAUGGUGAGACGGCUUUAGCCAUUGCUUUACGUGCUGGAUCAUCCGAUAUUGCGGAAUUUUUGACAAAACAAGGUGCUUCUGAUCCUUUAUUAUCAAACUUGGAACCUGAUCAAUCGGCCGAGUUUGUUCCUGUUGAUUACAAACAAAGUUCAAAAACACCUGAUAUUAUUGCUUCUUUACAUAGCCAAAUGAUGGAAAUGGAGGAAGGGUAUCAGGAACAAUUAAGACAACGCGAUAUAGAAUCAUUUCAGACAAAAAAAGAAAUGAAUAUGCUUAGAUAUCAACUAAAUGAAGCGCAACGUCGACUUGAAUUACCCGUCUCCAUGCAACUAGCCGAAGCACAAAAGAGGAUUCACGAACUUGAAUUACGAAAAGUCCUCUGUGAUGACUUGGUCAUUGGUGAUCAUCAUGUGGUUGUCAAGGAAGAAAACUCAGAGGAGGAAAUGAAAUCUAGUAAAGAACGCAAAUUAGAAAAACGUGUAAAAAUGUUACAAUCUCAGAUAGAAUCUAGUACAAAGUCCAUUGAUAAAUUAAAGCUGGAGUUAGAAGUAUCCACUACGAAAUCUAAACAAAAGGAAAUGGAGUAUAGAAGAUUAAUUGCGGCCAGCUGUAAUUUACCGAUAGAGAAAGUGGACUCAUUAAUUGGUCCAUUGACGCUGGCAAUUGAGAGUGAUCCGCCCGAUUUGGAUAUGGCUCGAGUGAUUGGCUUUAUGGAAAGGCUAAGAAGACCCAAUACACCUCAUGAUUCAACUACACCCGUCUAAAGAAAAAAAGAAUACCCCCACCUCUCCCACCCAUUAUCAUCAUCAUAAUAAUAAUAGCAAUAAUAAAGAAUAAAAAGAGUUUAUUUCCAAUUAAA